AUGGGAACCACGGGUGAUUCCCAGCGAGUGACGGCCGCCUCGGUACACAGCAUAGAUGCGGAGAACCAGAGCAACAACACCCAGGGAAAUGAUGUUGUAAAUCCUGCUAGGUCAUGGAAGAGUUAUGUAUGGGAUACAUGGGACCUUCCACCGGAUCAACGCUGGUUGCUUUUUAAAGUAGAUACUUUCGUUCUCACGUUCGCAUCUAUUGGUUAUUUUUUGAAGAAUAUCGACCAAACGAAUGUCAACAAUGCAUUUCUCAGUGGCAUGGAAGAGGAUCUCGAGAUGUUUGGCAAUCAACUAGUGACCAGCACCUCUAUCUGGACUGUGGGAUAUGUUAUUGGUCAAAUUCCGUCCAACCUGUUGUUAACCAGAAUCUCGCCUCGAUGGGUCAUCCCCUCGCUAGAGCUAGGAUGGGGACUCGCGACUAUUUGCACAUCAAGCGUCAAAUCGUACAAGUCCCUGUAUGCUUUGCGGUUCCUUGUCGGACUUUUUGAAUCAGGAUUUUACCCCGGCAUCCAUUACUUACUGGGAUCAUGGUACACACCACGAGAAAUUGGAAAGCGGGCUAUGAUCUUCUGGCUUGCCGGUUCAGUUGGCACUAUGUUCAGCGGUUUCCUCCAGGCCGCCGCAUAUACAAACCUGAAUGGGACACAUGGUUACGCUGGAUGGCGCUGGCUUUUUAUUAUUGACGGUAUCAUUACGCUACCGCUUGCGCUCGCUGGAUACGUAUUCUUCCCUAACCUACCACAAAGCGGCAAGAAGACAUGGUGGACAACGGAAGAGGAGCAUCUUAUGUCAAUCAAAAGAAUGGAUAAUAUUGGACGUGCUGGCAAGAAGCCCUGGACCAAGGAAAGGGCGAGGGAAAUCCUACUAAGUUGGCAUACUUAUCUUCUUCCAUUGCUAUACAUCCUCUGGAACAAUGGCUACCUUCAACCUGCUAUGGGCUAUUGGCUGAAGAGUUUUAAUGCCCACCCUCCUCCUGUCCCUGGGAAGAGUUACACCGUCGCACAGAUCAAUAAUUUACCUCUUCCUACAACCGCUAUUCUUAUCGUGAUGGGAUUGAUUUGGGCUUGGUUGUCUGAUGGGCCAUGUCGCGGCGCUCGCUGGCCAUUUAUUUACGUCGGCGCCGUUAUUAAUCUCAUGUUCGCUGUGUUGUUGAAGACUUUGCCAUUUUACACAAAUAUCAAGGGCCGUAUGGCUGUUUAUUGGCUGAGUAAUAUUGGCGCUGGUGCCGGUCCUUUAAUCUUGAGUUGGAUCAACGAGAUCUGCUCUGAUGAUACAGAAAAGCGAGCGUUGCUUGUUGCUAUGGCUAACGACCUUGCUUAUGUUGUACAAGCCGUCGCACCCAAUUUCGUGUGGAAAACUACAGACUACCCCCAAGCUCCUAAGGGAUAUACUUGGUCAAUCGUACUUCAAGUAUUGCUCAUCUCGAGCACCGCAAUUGUUCAAUUCCUUUUGCGGCACGAUAAGAAAAAGGCAGCAAAGGCAGGGGCGGGUCUCUCAGCUGUUGACCCCCUCGAGUCAUCGUCUAUAGAGGGAGAUACAUCGGUAGCAUCAAGAGAGGACAAUGGAAAAGUGACGGGCACUUCUCGAGUCAAACAGGUUGGCCUGGAUUAA